GUCGGCGGCGCUGCCAGUCCCAGGGGAGCGAGUAGCGGCGGCGGAGUGUAGGGGGGGAAGAUGUCGGGCUGCGAGGCCCGCGACGCCAAGAAGCUGGUGCGCUCGCCCAGCGGGCUGCGCAUGGUCCCCGAGCACCGCUCCGCCCGCAGCCCCUUCGGCUUGGACGAGCCGCCCUGGGUCCCUGACAAGGAGUGCCCAAGAUGUAUGCAGUGUGAUACAAAAUUUGACUUCAUAACUAGAAAGCAUCACUGUCGGAGAUGUGGAAAGUGCUUCUGUGACAAGUGCUGCAGUAAAAAAGUGCCUCUGCCUCGCAUGUGCUUUGUGGAUCCUGUGCGCCAGUGUGCUGAAUGUGCCCUCAUCUCUCAGAAAGAAACAGAGUUUUAUGACAAGCAGCUUAAAGUGCUCAUGAAUGGUGCUACAUUCUUUGUAACUCUGGGAACAUCUGAUAAAUCUGAGCUCAUGGUUUGUCGACUUUCCAACAAUCAGAGAUAUCUGGUUUUGGAUGGAGACAGCCACUAUGAAAUUGAAAUUAUACAGAUUUCAACUGUUCAGAUACUUACAGAGGGAUUUACUCCUGGAGAAAAAGAUAUUCACACUUACACCAGCCUUCUGGAGAGCCAGCAUAUUACUGAAGGAGGUAAUACUCGUGCCAUCGGUAUGAUUCUGCAGUAUAAGGUACCAGGAUCAGAGGAGCUCACGCAGAUGAAAUUUACAGCCAGUGAAGACUUCAGCUGUAACAAGAAGCUGUCAGCAAGCUGGCUGGCAGCUAUGCAUAAGGCAACAAAACUUCUCUAUGAGUCCCGGGACCAGUAAGACCAGCAAACUUGGCUGCUUAAGGGAAGACACCAGCCUCCAUGGACCUGCCGCUCACUAGUAUGACAGCUGGUAACAUCUGCUGUUCUUGACACUUUCUCAUUCCGCUGUGGUUCACUAUGUAAGAACUGGCAAAUGCAAUGUGAGUAUUCUUUUUGAACCAUGAGUAUUUUCACUAUAGUGUGCAAUAUGUAUACAAUUAAUGCUUUAAACAGCCUCACCUUUUAAGACUUUGUAUAUUUUGUUAAGCCUUUAUUGGCACUUAAUAUGAAAGUGACCUGCACUACAGCUAAUGUACAGCACAACUUUUAUAGUAACAAUUAUAUAUACUGUUUGCUACAAAAAGCAAACAAAUGUAUACGUCUCUUCUGCAGAGAAUAGCUUUUGGGUAUAGAUCUCAGGUUUUUUCCCUCUAUCCAAAUGUUUAAAAUCAAUGUAGAAUAAGAUCUGCCUUAGACAGGAUUUUAUAAAGUCACUUGAUUUUUUUAAAACAUUUCACUUUAAACAUCUAAAUAUUUCACCAAAUAUCACCAAAUUGGACUUACAUGAACGUGAUCUUGAACCUUUCCUUCUGCAAUGAAUAAGCUUCCAGAAUAAUUUUUAGUUUUGUAUUUUCUUUUGGUAACUAGCUUUUGUUAAUCUAACUGUAAUGCUAUCUGAAAUUGUAUACAAUUUAAUGUACAAAUAUGAAUAAAUUAAUUCACUUAUUUAAACAAAAUGAAGUGAUAAUUUCACAAUAUCUAACUUCUUUAAUGAUGGGUACUGUGGUCUCUACUGUCUGAAACUUUUGACUUGUUUAUAAACAGCACCAUAAUUUUAGUUCUAAGUGUUGAUAAUUGGUUCAACUCUUGGGAUGGAUCCUCUGGCUACAUGUGCUGAGCCAGUUGUCCUUCUGCCCUCCCUCUCCCUACACUGGUAAAAAUUGAGUAAAGCAGCACACAAAUCUCAGUUGUCAGCCUGGCUGUAAACCUUGAGAGCAUUUUUAGACAAGUAUUCAUUUCUCACAGCUGGAAUACUGGUGUUAGAAGAUUCCAAAAUUGUUUUGCAAGUCAU